CAACUCGGGGAAACAGAUAUGCCAUCAAUGACGGCCAAAGAAGAAUGAUUGAAUGGAUAACCUUUAAUAAAAUGCUCGGGUUUGGUAAGCAUGAAGGUUCAAGUUCGCGGGCUACUUGCGAUAUUUUUAACGGAGCUAUUUUUUCAAUUUCAAACUCGAUUUUCCGGAAUCGGAGUAGGUAUUCUACUCAGUCAUUCUUAGUGUUGUGGAAGACUCACUUAUAUUAAUCUUUUUUCGUGUUUGUUGAUUUUUGUUAUCCAAAGAUCACUUUUACGUCUACGAUAAUUCUGGUGCAUUCUCGAAUCAAAGCUCUUUAGAACCUGUAGCAGAUAUCUUUCCAGAUGACGUUACCGUUAUUAAGUGGCCAUCCCGCAUUUGCAACAAUAAUCCUAACAAUGUGGAUAGCGUUGGCGAGCGAUCUUCGCAGUAUGCAGCAGAAGCGUCCUGUCGACUUCGAUUCGGUUCUCAUGUGAAUUGGAUUGGUCAAUUUGAUAUCGAUGAGUAUCUUAUUCCGAUGGGAAAUUACACUCGCAUCACGCCCUUGCUAAAAAAAUUGGAUGAUGAAGGAACAAAAAUUAUAAGUUUCGCAUCAUGGAGAGCUUGGCCAAGGCGAACUCAUAUCAAGUGAGUGCUCGUGUGCAUGUCCACGUUAGUUCUUGUCUCGGUUAACUUCCUACCCCUUCCAUGGUUCCAUCGUAUCACUCUAACAACAAAAAAAAUAUUGUGAUUUUCCGAAUGAAAAUGUUCGCACAUGGAUUUUUGGGCAUUCUCCUCGAUAUCGUUUAUCCCGACAAUCUAGCGAUCCCGAGGUGACCACUUUCAAAAAUGACGUGAAAAUGUGUCGUAGAAAUAGUGAAUGCUUUGAGCUUUCGGUAAGGAAGGACACAACAAUAAUGGAAGCUUACAACUGUGAUAGGCAGAGGCCAGGAGCAAAGAGUUCAACUAUGCCGGCUGAAAAGCAGCUUUAUAGACCAGAUUAGUAAGUAAUUGAUAUCUACUCCUUCAAAUCAAGGCCAUGUAUCGUCUUGACUCUGCUUGAUCACUUCUUAUUGAGUUUAUUCUGACCGAGAAUCUUUGCUGUGAAACGAAUUGACCCUUUUUCUCAUUUCUUUUCUACAAUGCAAUACAAAAUAAAAAGUGUAACACAACAUUUCAUUCAUUAUUCUACAAUCACCGAGUCCACAAAUUUGCUACCAAAAGAAUUUCAAGAGAAAUUCAAGGGGCAACGCCCCUUCCCCGAUCCAUUGUCGCGCUUUGGAGAUGAGGUGAAUGAGGGUCUCAUGUUGCAUAGCAAGUCAGUUGCACGACAAGACACAGCGGGCUGGAAAUUGAAUUGUCGUGAAGACCGAAAGGGUUUUGAUCAGUGUCGCAUUGGUUUCCCAUGGCCAGAAGAUGGUUCCAAUGCUACGGCUGACAAAAAUGGGUGGGCAUACAACUGUUAUGUCAAUCCUCGGAUUGACAAUUACUUCGCACCAAAGGUCAAGGCUAAGCUCAAAGAGAUGGGCCUCAUGGAAAGUGAGUAAUAACAUUAACCAGGGCAAGAGCCUAGGUUACUCUACCUUAUGGAUACAUAGAAAUGAGAAAUACAAAUUUUUGUUCUACUUGCACCUUUGAGGCUUGAUCAUGAGUAGCUAGUUAGUAGCAAUCUUACUUUUUAUUGCAGAUAUAUCAUUUUAUGAUACUAGAGGAUGCAUACUGCAUUUCCUAGGGAUGGGCUGGUCUUUGACGCAUACUCCAAGAAGAAACGACACAAAUCCUCUGCUUCACCAAAGAUUUCUUUGGUCUCUGCCACGAUCAAACAUACAAUUCAAACUACCUUGAGCAAAUAUCUAACAUAAUCCUCCAGCCCAACGAUCAACCCGGUUGUGCUUCCACAAGAACUCCUUGGAGGGAAGUGCCACCCCUCGGCGUGACUAGAAUCAUACUUUUUCCAUCAAAAGCUAUGUUUUUGGCCAUAUAGUGCCUCUUCUAGUCCACAAGGUUAAAUAUAAUAUUUAGAUUUUU